AUGUCAACUGUUACACAAAUCGCGGGUCAAAAAACUUAUGCUACGGCAGGUGGAAACUCUGCUACAAGUCAUACAGCUGUUGCUGAUAAUGUCCACGUUAAAUCUGUCGUUAGUACUGAAACGCAAUCGAAGGUUAGCAUGGAAAAUACAGCAAAAAUGAGUCAGUUAAUGGCUAGAUUAGGUUCAACACAUUCACAAAUUGAUGACUAUUCUCGUAAACGAACUGAACAAAUUAGUGAAGAGGUAGCAGCUUCUAUAGCAAAAAUUGUUGCCGAGACACAAAUUCAACAACAAACGUUAUUACAAGACGCUAAUGUACGAUCAGCUGAAAUUGAACAAGAAUAUAAAUUAAAAUUACAACGGUACGUUGAAGAGCUAGAUGGUGCUAAAGCAUUGAAUUUAUCAACAUUAGAAAAAGAUUUAACUUUACGUCAAAAUCAAAUAUUGGAUAAUGCCCGACGACGUAUUGAUGAUUUAAAUGAAGAAGCAAACCGCUUGAAAAUGGGAGUCUUAAAAGAAGCACAAGCUCAAGCAAAUGCAAAAAUUGAACUGAUUACCGAUCAAGUUGCUGCUUUAGGUCAAGAAGAUGCUAGUCGUCGGUUAGCUACGAAAACAACUACUGUCAUAACAACACAAGCUAAAUCAGCCAGUGCUCAACAUAUGGAAGCUGCUGUGGUUGGAGGUACUACUACAAAAACAACAACUGAAAGCAGCAGUCAUACCAGUACUCAUUCGGCAAAAAACCAUUAG